GAGGAAGAAGAGAGUGCGGAAGUGCAGCUGUUCCAAACUCCAAACAGAAUCCAUUUGGAAAUCACCACUUCGCCUUGUCUAAAACAGCCACAAAAUACUGGCUUUGGGACGAACAUCCGCACAAAACCACGAUGGGAACUAGAGACGACGAAUACGAUUACCUCUUCAAAGUUGUCCUGAUUGGAGACUCGGGAGUGGGAAAGAGUAACCUGCUGUCGCGCUUCACCAGAAAUGAGUUUAACCUGGAGAGUAAGAGCACCAUUGGAGUGGAGUUUGCCACACGGAGCAUCCAGGUCGACGGGAAAACGGUCAAAGCACAGAUCUGGGACACAGCCGGACAGGAACGCUACAGGGCCAUCACUUCAGCUUACUACCGCGGGGCAGUGGGGGCGCUCUUGGUGUAUGACAUUGCCAAACACUUGACGUAUGAGAAUGUGGAGCGAUGGCUGAAGGAGCUGAGGGACCACGCGGAUUCAAACAUCGUCAUCAUGUUGGUGGGAAACAAGAGUGACCUGCGCCACCUACGGGCAGUGCCCACAGACGAGGCCCGGGCAUUCGCAGAGAAAAAUGGUCUAUCUUUCUUGGAAACCUCUGCGCUGGACUCCACCAAUGUCGAGACCGCCUUCCAGACCAUCCUCACAGAGAUCUAUCGCAUCGUGUCACAGAAACAGAUGUCGGAGCGUCAGGAGAGUGACAUGUCUCCUAGCAACAACGUGGUGAACAUCCAGGUACAGCCUACUGAGAACAAGCCAAAGAUGCAGUGCUGUCAAAACAUCUAGCCCCCGCCCCCUUGCUACGUGACCCUUCGCCGUGUGACCCUUCGCCGUGUGACCCUUCGCCAUGUGACCCUGCUCCCUUGCCACGUGACCCGCCCCCUCGCCACGUGACCAAACCAUCUCUCCUCCCACUCUUCUCUGGUCCUCUAAAGCUGACCACAAUCCUCCUAUAGGCUCAUUUGUACUGUACAUUCAGUACGCAAACAGAUUGAAGCAUCUUGAAGCUAGAUGUUUAGCAGCUACUGCUUUCAGCCUGAAACUGUCCCAAACAUGGCUGCCAGUUUGAGUCUGUGGGCCGUUUAGCCUCAUGCUUGCGCACCAUCUGACGAAUAAUAACGAGGCGAAGGUAAAAAUUUAAAAUUUGUUUCAAGACAGCUGAACUGAGAAAUUUUAUGAUCGGUAAAUGAGCUGUCGCUACAAUAUCCAACCUUAAAAAGUCCAACCUUUGUGAAAGCUGUAGGUCCCUGACAGCCGAACACGAUCAGUUUGGGUUUACAUUGCGCUGUGUUUUCGACUGGAGAGGAUUUUUUUUUCACUUUAGUAACCGAUGGAGCGGCAAUAGGCUAGCAAUACUCUAUCAAAUUUUUUUUUAUAGAUCCAUAUUUAGUCCUGUGCUAACAAAGUUGCUUCUACUGACAACAGAGCUUUUAUGUGUUCAGAAAUCAGACUAAAAUGAAUGGACAUUGAAACUAGCUCUGGGUUAUUUCCAUACAUUUCAAUAUAUACACCAUCAAGAGAAUACCAAGGUAUCCAAGAGUAGUUUAAAAUGUCUUCAUAGAGCACUUUCCAUUUGCCCCCUAGUGGUAUUUAUCAUAAUGCAUACUGACACAGCAGUCUGUUGUAUGUAUAAAAUAAGGACGAUCAAUAAUUAGGGUGGUUUCAUCUUGCCCAUCUGUUUGCAUAUAAAAUGUGAGUGUACAUGAGCCCUUACCGCCCCCUCCCCCUCCCCCUCCCCCUGAGAACAGACUGCCUGAGGGGUCACAGCCGAGCCUCUGUCCCACAUCCUGGUCUCUUGUUUUUAAUGCUCUCGUAGAGGUCACUUGGGCAGACCCCUUGUGUGUAUACCAGGCGAUUGCAGGACAGUCCAUAUUUCAUUACUGUAGAGGCGCUGACUCUUAAGGUCUUAAAUAUGAAUGUGAUUUUUCUUCUCUUUUAGCCUGUAUUUAUCCUCCUGUCUGUCCUGUCCACUUUUUGAUCUACUACUAUUAUUCAGUCAUGGUAAAAACGAGUGGAGAGAUUUGGAAAAGUUUUGUUUUUUUAAUCUUAAAGAUGCAUUAUGUUACAUUUCUGGUAGAACUCAGCCACCUACUUGUCUCCUUGGAGAUGUCAUUUUUUUUCCUGUUGAUUGAAAAACAGACACUCUGAGUGGGCUCGCCUCUCCUUAGAUCUGACCUGUACCUUGCCAGUGACACCUUUUGUCUACAUGGAGAUACGUUUCAUGUCUGUGUAAUGUCUUUUAAUACUGCGGAACAUUCCAGGCAAAGCAAUAACAUCUCCAUGGAGAUGAGCAGGUGGCGAACUCUUCAACAGAAAAGUUACAUAGUGCGCCCUUAAGUUCUGAUGUAAUAAUGCAUUCAGUUAUUUAUUGGCAAGUUCAAAGUUACAACAUUGUUUAAAAUGUGAAUAAAUAAACAAAUUAAAAAAAAAACCCAAAAAUGUGGCUGGCAUUGACAAUGACUAAUGUAAUUUCCAUAGCAAAAACAGCUUCUUAAACCUAGGAUAUUUUCAUCUCUGAAAAUUCAUAAAAAAUGGGACAGGUUCUACUAAAAUAUGGACAUUUUAACAAUAAUUUUACGAGUUCAUCUUUGACAAAGUUGCUUGGAGUAUAGGAUGACAGGAAUUCUAAAACGAUAGAUCGAUGUGUCGUCUGCUGGAGGAAGUGUCUGGGCUGUUGGAAGUCUUGGAGUCCCUGAUUAGACUGCUGCACCUGCCACCCUGCCCCAGAUAAGAAGAUGGAUGGAUAGACUGAUUUGUCUGUUGCCAAGAAAAUACAUGUAUAUAAAGAAUUGUUUACUUAACAUUUUGUCCAGUGUUGUAACAAGUUGUGCCAUUUUAAGUGUUUGUUUUCACUAUUUGUUGAUAUUUACAAACUGAACAGUAUCUUAACAUGUCGCCUGACCCUAUCUUAGCCCUAUUUGCAUUGUUGACAUAGGCAUGGCUUCUCCACUCGUUUUUUCUAUCCUUAAUCUGAAUCUUGUUGUAUCAUUGUAUCAUAUGUACUACUAUGUAUAUGGGAUUUUAACCACAUGGAAUUGAAUUGUAAGCCCUAUAUUCACGCUUCUUCUGUAGCCUUUUUGACCCUUUCCCCACACCAUAGCCCAUUCUGCCACUGUGCACAAUAACAAUACAAGCUUAACGAUGCACUACCUUUUUAUUAUUAGGAAGAAUAUUUAAUCACAAACCUAGCAUAAUACAAUGAAGUAACUUUGAAUACUCAUUUUAGCAAGUUUGGCAAGACAAUUCUGACUAAUUCUGCCUUUGGGCAGACUGGCGUUUCGUGGCUGCUGUUCUGUACCACCAUCAUCAAUCAUGCAAUCAUGUAAUGCAUUCAUACGGGCAAUAUCAGUGAAGUGUCUUGCCUUAGGACACAACAACUGUAUGUGGGAAUUUGACCACAAACCUUCACUGUAGUUGGUGAGUGCCCACCAUCAAUCAUGUGUUGUGUUAUUAAAUAACACACAGCCAAAAUCAGUGGAGUGUCAGUAUGCAGUGAGUAUUGUGGGAAUUGAACCACAAAUCUUCACUGUAGUUGCUGAAAUCUACAAUCUUCACAAAAAGAAAAAAAUGAUCUGAAAAUUCAAAUUGAAACAAGUUAGAUCUUAGGUAGUGGACUUUAUAAGAUGCGUUGUCACUGUAUAAUUUUGAUAUAUUUUGCAAUAAUCUUAUAGACGUUUUAACACAGUAGCAGAAAUGGGCUUUGUUCCUGUCCUUAUUGGUGCAAAGUACUGUUUUAAAGCCACAUGGACGUACCGCGUGUAGCUAGUGUCAUUUGGGUCAUGUUUUAUGCUGUGAAUACAACAAUGCAAAAGUGAAUCAUAUGCGCAUUUUAGGGGCUUUCUGAGCAUGUUGUGAGAUGUCUGCAUGUUUUUUAUCCAGAGAAAGAGAGCGAUUCUACUACAUGUUAUAACUGGCUACCUUUCUAUUAAGUGCUACGAAGGCAGGUGCUCUGGUAACUUAAGUAGUAUAGGGUUGUUAGGUGAUGAUGUCACUUCUGGGUCCAACCAGAAACUUCACAGCUGAUUUCUAGAAUUUGUUUUUCUUCCUUAUUCAUCAAACAAGAAAGAGUUACUUUUCAGAAGUGUAUGUUUAACCACAAACUCUAUCAAAUGUGUAAAUAAUGUAGUAAUAAUCUAGUAUAAUGUAGGAUUACCUAUGCGUAUAUAUCUCUGCCGGUCACCAUUAAUGCUAGCUUAGCCUAGCGUCUUACCUCAACCUUUCUUGUACACUUUCUGUCACAGUUAUAACCAUAGAUCCAUGCGUAUAUUCUUGUUAGCUUUAAAUGACUGUAAUCUCUUUUUAAGGUGAGAUAUAUUGCCACUAAACAGAGUAAUAUUUAAACAUGUUCAUUGUUUUGAAACAGCUGAUGGACCUGGAAGUCACAUCACACUUAACAGCUCUGUGGCUUUUGUUGGUGUGGUUAUCCCUUGUAUUUCCAACCUAACCCAUACUAAAGGAUCUAUAAAAUACUAACUGCAAAUUAAAAAAAAUAAUAAUUUAAAUAUCAGUUCUCAGUGCACAUUUUAAACAUUAGGCAUGAAGAUAUUAAAAACCUGAACUUGUGCUAAACUAAUACAAAAAUAGUUAUAUGGUUCCCUUCUCAUCACACUGAAGUUAGCCAACAAAUUAUUUAAGACACUUGAAUUACUUUCCAAAUUGUAUAAUUUACUUGCACUGCCUAGGAUUGCUAUUUUAAGAUGAAUACAACACUAUUGGUAGACCUCUCUUCUCUAAAUAGCAGAUAUAUUGUCAUGUUUAGGCUUAGCUCACAAAUUAGCUGCCCAUACCUGCGCACAAAAGCAUGAUUUUUACAUAGCCUUUUCCAUUUGUUUUUUCAAAGGCCUCCAUUACAUAUUAAUAUAAACAUUCCUAUCUCAUGUACACGCUUUGUAUUCACUCAAGUAUAGCUCGCACACUUUAGUCAAACCAUGUCUAAAAUGCACUGAUCUGUAAUGUUUUCUUCGAUCAAAUCUAGACUGUUGCUCGAAUGAAGGUGGAGUUAUUUGACAUUGCUAAGAUGUAAAGUUUGAGCCAUUUUGCCAUAGGUUCACAGUGCCUCUGCCAUCACAACCCUGCACCACCCGUAGUGAUACAAAAGAACUCUAGAGCGGUCAGAAGGAACAACUGCUGAUGAGGCAAAUCACAGCGGCCAUUUUGAGACUUCGUGAUAAGUCGAAUUCUAAAAGCAAAUAACCUGUAAAUGCAAUGAGAUUUAAUCCUUGGGUUUCAGAAUUAUGAGAAAUUAGGGUAGUUGCCAUAGAGAUGUGCAAUUUAAAACUAAGUAUAUCUUUUGAAUGGUCCACUGUCCUCAAAAUGGCACCAUAAAACAGGAAGCUGAAACCCAUGAAUAGGUUUAGGUCUAGGUCCAUAUGGAAAUCUACAGUCCACCUCAAGAUACAUUUUCAAUUGGAAAUUUUCAAACCCUGUUAACAUUUUAAUAUUGUAGUGGUUUUGUUUAUUCAGUUUUGUUAUUUGUCAGUACUUGUAUGGAAAGAUCUCUAUUCAAAAUACUUAACAGUAUUAUUAUAGUGGGCAUAUAUUUAAAUCUUAUGUGUGAUCCCUGACAAUUCAAAAAGCACAAUAAAAAAUGUCAAUUAACUAAAUACAUUUUUUAAAUAUCACAAGGUAUAACUCUAUGGAAGUAUAUUGCUGCCAACUGAGCAAAGGAUUGACAGGAAAACUAUUAUGUAAUUAUAGGAUAGUACGUUUUCUUAAAAGCUUGUGGUUUAAAAACAUAACUUUUUAACAAUCAAUUGGUCAUGGCAUUAUCAUUUUUGCAGUACUAUAAUUUUCCUGAUAAAAAGCGAUAAAACUGAAAUGUAUUUUUAAUCAGUUUGCUGCAAUUUGCUUCCGUACGACUCCCCUAUUCGUUUACAUUUGUGGUUGACUAGAACCUACCAUCCCUACAUGAACCUCAGUGAUAACCUGCAGCCAUGUCCACUCUAGACUUCUAUGUAUCGCUAUGCUCACAUUCCCUCCUAGCAUUAGCAUUAGCUUUAGCCAUUGUGCCCCUGCACUUGUAUGACGCUCACGAACGCCUACGUACACCGAGCUGCCUCAAGUCGACGCAUGGCUUUUAAUACAUUUAGCUGUACCAUAAUUCCCAUUCAAAUCUGGUUUUAGCUAGCAAAACAAUAUGGUUUUUUUUAAAUGGGCGUUGUUUGUGACUAGGAAUACCGCACUGGAAAACGUUAGCUACACUGCAAAAAAGAGGAUUUUGAGACUAGUUAAAAUGACUUGAAUACAGAAUCUUAACUUGAGUUUCGACAAGUUUUGAUUUAUUUACAAAGUGGACCAAGAUAAUUAAGUUGUUUGAGCAAAUAUGGAGAUUUAUCAUGGAAAUCAGGCUCAAAUGUCAUGAAACAAGUUAAAUAAGAUACAGUCCAUAGGUUUAUCUAGAACUCAUGAAAAUUAAGUUGAGCCUUCUGAAUACAAGUACUUUUAACUUAAGUGAGAUAUUAAUUUUUUUGCGGUGUACAAUUACAGUUGAGUAACAUUUUUUAUGUCUCUGGUGCCAAUGGCGUUUAUAGUGACAGAAGGCACACAUAAUCUAGCUCAUCUCUGCUAGCCUGUCCACAUGCACUGUAAAAAUGUAUAUCUAUCAUAAUUGAAAUGAAAUGAAUUCAGAAUAUUAAAGGAAAGCAUUAAAGGGGCACUAUGUAUGUUUUAUUUUGGGGGUCUGCCAUCUGCUUGUCUCCAUGGUGAUAUUGCUUUUCUACAAUGCUCCACAUUAUGGCUUUAACCUUAUUUAUCCUAUAAUUAAUGUAUUAAAUCACAAGUGUUUUUUGUUGCUAAAGAAAUACCUUGAAAACCACAAAUUCUUACUUCAAGUUAGCUCACCUCUUCACAGAUCUGAUGGGUAACUUGACCUGGUGCUUGGCUCCAUAAAGAUCGAUGGGUAAGACCAUCUCUAUGGAGACAAGCAGGUGUAGACUCCAUUAGAAAAGUUACACAGUGCACCUCUAAAUUUGACUAGUUAAAUCAUUAUAUGGUUAUGGGCCAAGACUAACUUUUUAAAGGUAUGUAACAAUUUCUUAUUCCAAGCAAAAAAAAAAAUCUACCAUGGGAUAAGAGUUGUAAUUUUAAGUGCAAUUCUUUAAACAUAACUUUGCUUAAAAUACCUUGCAAAAAGUCACAUAAUCUUCACGUACUAACCAUGAGAUCAUUGUAUAAUUCUGAAUUCUCGUCAUUUAUAUUUGUAGAUAAACCUUUUUGUGGUGUUUUUGUUACUUACUUUCUUAUAUUGUUAUUUUUCCGAUCUGUUUAUUUUCCGAUUGAAAUGUAACUGACUGUAAUUCCCGUUUUUAAGGUGGAAGAGUGAAUCUGGAGACUUGAUGUUUUUGUUUUUAGGGGGGGCAGUGAAUGCUUUUGUGUUUUGUACAGAUUGAUGAAUAAUGUACAAUUGUGUCUAUAUCUUUUAAGUUAUCGGUUCAUCUUAAUAAAGCGCACCAGUUGUAAACCAAA